AUGAUUAGUUUAUUUAAAAAUUUUAAAAAAAUUAAUAAAUCAACUUCUACUUCUCCUUUAAUAUAUUUAAAUGGAAAUAAAAAUUAUAAUUUUAGAGAUAAUCUAUUAACAGGAUCACAAUUAAAUCAUGAGAUAUUUAAUAUUCCUCUGGAAGUUUUAUCUUCAAUAUUAUUAUUUUUGGAACCAAGAGAGUUAAUAAAUCUUAGUGAAAGUUGUAAACUUUUCAAUUUCUAUUUAAAUAAUAGUUGGAUUUGGAAUCAACUUUUAGAAAAAUCAUUACCUAUUCAAAAUGAUUCUAUUGUUGGUAUUGAAUGGCUAAACAAUAAUACAUCAAUAGUAAAAUCAUUAUUAUUUUUACAUUCAAAAAGAAAUCGAAAUUUAGAUGAUUCGGUUGAAAAAGAUAGUAGAAUAGUUAAUCUUAUUUUUAAAACAAUAACAGAAAGAAGAUCAAAUUUUAAAUUAGUAGAAGGAUUGUUAACAAUUUUAAAUAAUUUUUUCCAAUCCAAUCCUAAUACAACAAUAUCCAUUAGUACGAUUAUGGAUUUAAUUUCAUUUUACAAUUCAAAUUUAGAGUUAUUAAAAUUAUCUUUUAAUAUAUUCAAUAAUCUUAUUAAAGGAAAUAAUGAAAAUUAUAACAUAAUAGUUGACAAUUUAAAAAUAUUGAUCAGAGUUGUUUCAGAGAAUAUUGGAGAUGCCGAGCUUCAUUAUAAUUCAAUAUUAUUAAUAUCGAAAAUUAUUGAAGACAAAGAGGCAAUUAAUACUUUUGGAUCUAAUGGAGGUCUAUCUUUAGUAUUGAAAAUAGCUCAAUCCCAUAAAGAAAACAAAUUUUUCCAAUCGAUGUUCACUUUUAUUCUAUAUAAAACUAUUAUAUCAUAUAAUAUAAAGUUUAAAGAAAACUAUAUUGUUGUAAAUUUAAUACAAAUUCUUAAGAGAUUUAAUUUAGAAAAUACAAUCCUAAUGAAUGGUCUUUUAACAUUAGUUUUUCUAUCUAAUUCCAGGUUUUUUAUUCAAACAUUCAAGAAACAAGGAAUCAUUAGUUUCACUCUGUCAUCUAUACAGAUUCACUUUGAUAAUCCAAGGAUUGUAGAAUACUGUUUGAAGAUAUUAACCAAUAUGACUUACAACUGUGCAAAGUGUUGUAAAAAGGUCUUAAAAGAAGAUGGCUUGCCAAUUUUACUUCAAACAAUGAAGAUUGAUCACCAGAAUAUUCGAUUCUUUUCAAACAAAACUAUUUUUAAUACUCUCUACUAUAGUAAGACAAAGAUUAUUUAG